CAAGAAAUGUGAGGAAACCUACGCCACCCAAGCCUACUUCCCUUGCCCCGUCUCUCCAGCUCCGUUUCGACCCCUUCUUUCUCUUCUUCUUUUGCGAAAGAACAGGGGAAAAAAGGAAGGGGUUCAUUAUGGGGAGGGCGACGGCGGCGAGGAGCUAGCGGCGUUCCGACCCAGAGCAUCUUCUGGGGGGUGGAGUCAUCUUCACCGGGAAGAGCUCCAUCGUGGCGAGCUGCGCGGGACGCUAACGAGGAAUCCUCCCAUCAGCAAUGGACGACUCGCCCCUAAGCCGCGGACCCCUGGGCCCCCUGCUAGGUAGUGGUCCACUGGACCCGUCGUCGUCGGGAGAUUCAGGUGGCUCGGGUGGAUCGCCGUCGGGAGAUUCGGAUAGCUCGGGUGGAUCGUCGUCGUCGGAAUCCCCGCCGUCUCCCUCCAGCUCACAAUCGUCCACGCAGUCGACCCCGCCGCCAGGGUCCGAGGACUCGGCGCCGUCGCCGCCCUCGCCGUCUCUGUCACCGCCGCCGGCUACGCCAGCAGGUACCAGCGGGUCGCCCCCGGCUACGCCAGCAGGUACCAGCGGGUCGCCCCCGGGUCAAUCAUCGCCGCCGGGAUCAAAUGCCAUCCCGUCUCCGCAGGCUCCGAAGAACAGCGGGGGCGGCGACGGCUCCUCGGAGAGCGGGGGCGGUUCCAAGGGCGGGGGCGGUUCGAGCGGCCGCGGCAAGGGCGGGAGCAAGCAAGACGGUUCUCCUCCCGUGGAGGCCGUGGUCGUCGGCGUGGUGAUCGGGGUCCUGGUCUUCGCCCUGCUGCUGUGCAUCGCCGCGUGCGUGUGCUGCGCCAGGAGGAAGAAGAAGAAGCCGCCCAUGGCCAUGCCCUUCUACACCGACCAGCAUGGGAACGUGUACUACGCGAACAACAUGCCGAGCCCGUGGCAGCAGAGCGGCGGCCCGUCGGACGGGCACGGCGGCGUGGGGUGGCACCUGCAGUACCCGCAGGGACAGGGGCCGCUGAGCGAGGAGAUGACGAUGAGCGGGUCGCACGGGUCGGGGUCGUCGAUGCCCCCGCCGCCGCCGGCCAUCUUCGGGUCGCAGAGCUCGUUCACGUACGAGGAGCUGGCGUCGGCCACGGGCGGGUUCUCCAAGGCGAACCUGCUGGGGCAGGGCGGGUUCGGGUACGUGUACAAGGGCGUGCUGCCGGGCAGCGGCAAGGAGGUGGCGGUGAAGCAGCUCAAGGCCGGCAGCGGGCAGGGCGAGCGCGAGUUCCAGGCGGAGGUGGAGAUCAUCAGCCGCGUCCACCACCGCCACCUCGUCUCCCUCGUCGGCUACUGCAUCGCCGGCGCCUCCCAGCGCCUGCUCGUCUACGAGUUCGUCGCCAACGACACCCUCGAGCGCCACCUCCACGGGAAGGACCUGCCGGUCAUGGACUGGCCCAAGAGGCUCGCCAUCGCGCUCGGCUCCGCCAAGGGCCUGGCGUACCUGCACGAAGACUGCAAUCCAAGGAUCAUCCACCGUGACAUCAAGGCGGCCAACAUUCUCUUGGACGAAAAUUUCGAGGCCAAGGUCGCGGAUUUCGGGCUCGCCAAGUUGACGACGGACAACAACACCCACGUCUCCACGCGCGUCAUGGGAACGUUCGGGUACCUGGCGCCGGAGUACGCCUCCAGCGGCAAGCUGACGGACAAGUCGGACGUCUUCUCCUUCGGCGUCAUGAUGCUCGAGCUCAUCACCGGCCGGCGGCCCGUCGACCCCAGCAACUACAUGGAGGACAGCCUGGUGGACUGGGCGAGGCCGCUCCUGGCGCGCGCGCUGUCGGAGGGCGGCAGCUUCGACGAGGUGGUCGACCAGCGCCUGGAGAACAAGUACGACCGGCAGGAGAUGGAGCGCAUGGCCGCCAGCGCCGCCGCCGCCGUCCGGCACUCCGCCAAGCGCCGCCCCAAGAUGAAACAGAUCGUUCGCGCGCUGGAGGGCGACGCGUCGCUGGACGACCUGAACGAAGGGAUGAAGCCAGGGCAGAGCAUGAUAUACAGCUCCGACGAGUCCGGGAGCUACGCGGCCAACAUUAACAGGCUUUGGCAGGUCGCGUUCGAGAGUAGCGAGGAGUACACCAACGAGUACAGCGGGACGGGGGAGUCGGGGGAGACAACACAACGGCAUCACUAACCAUUAAUCCCUUCGAGGAGCUCUUCACCGUAUAUAUGGAUCUGUGAUGUAAGUUGGCCGUGUAAAGGGAAUCGUUUGGUGUAUAUACGUACGAGGACGAGGUGUACACUAUGGUUGAUGAUGAUGUAACUGCUUCAAUGCUUGUGAAUCGGUGCUGUAUUAUCGUGUAAAUUUGAUGUAUCCGUGUACUUACAUGAUGUAAUGCGCAGCUCUUCGGUUGUAUUAGCUCAGUGGAAAGAGAACUUCAAUGGAGAGCCUCGAUAUGUGGCAUUGUUAGA